GGUGCCAAAAUGGCGGCGUACUUGGCGGUUGUCUGUCGCACGAAAUAGGUUAUCGGGUGGUGCCUACAUGCGACCGAUAAUUGUAUGAGGUCUAACAGGAAACUAAUAGCACCGAAGGUAUUAUGAUCGCUGCCAGAUAAGAUUCGUGUAGACGGCGCGUUUUAAUCUCCCGUACAUCGUGCGCAUCCGAUAGAUAAUGGCCGAAAAUGUUGUCGCAAGCGACGACGAGCUCCUGAGAAACAUCAAAACCCUUCUCUGGGGUGCGACCGUCAAGGAGGACGUUUUUAAACGAUGGGCGCAAGGCUUCUACUUCAGCAUAGACGAACCCACUGCACUUGUACAGAGGGAAGGUGGACCAUGUGCGGUGAUCGCUCCAGUUCAGGCAUUUAUCCUGAAGCAAUUGCUGCUGGAAAGCGACGUGAUUACUUGGAAGAGUAUCAAGGCGGAGAAAUGCGACCGGUUACUCGUGAAAGCCAUGACCGAGAUCAUAAACCAAGCUGCCAACGUUCAGAAUCCCAAGUACUCGGUGGUGCACGCCAAUGAUUCCAACGAUUUUGCGUCUAGCAAGGAUGCGGCUGACACCAAGGCCACGGAGAUCACCGCGCAUCCAGCUCAAGAUACUAGCGAAGGUAGUCAAAUUAACGAAACGCCGCAGGCCGCAAAACAAGCAUCACUAGAAUCGGAAGUUUUUCACUCGCAAUUAAGGAUAUUUACUACGAGUAGUAUCGAGGAUGUAGAGGAUUUUUUCACAGAACGUAUUGGCAUGUUGAAAGAUCAGUAUGGCAUAUUGUUGUUGCUUUAUACAGUGAUGUGCACGAAAGGGGUCUCGGAGAUAUGCUUCGAAAUGUCCGACCCCACGGAACCCAUGAUCGAUUCCACUUACGGAUACGGUAGCCAAAGUUUGAUCAACUUGAUGCUCACUGGACGAGCGGUUAGCCACGUCUGGGAUCAUGAUCAAGAUAUCGGUGGAUUAAAGUUACGCGGUAUAGACAAACAAAACACAGUGGGUUUCCUGGCAUUGCUGGAGCACCUGCGGUACUGCGAGGUGGGAACAUUCUUGAAGUCGCCGUCGUAUCCAAUUUGGGUAUUGGGUUCGGAAACGCAUUUAACCGUACUCUUUUCAACGGAGAAACGACUAGUGAGCCCAGAGACGCCGGCGGAACAGGCGCGGCGAAUCUUCAAGCGCUUCGAUCCGGAGGGGAACAACUUCAUUUCGGCGAAUUUGCUGCAGGACGUACUGGCGGAAUUGGGCCUGGUGGCUGAUGCGGAAUACGUUGACAUCAUGAGGAAGAAACUAGAUAACGAAAAUCUGGGAAUAAUACUGCUCGCAUCGUUCAUGGACGAGUUUUUCCCCGAGGAACCGUGCAUGUGUCCGGACACGUUUGUCCUGUAUCACUACAACGGUCUGCAACGCAGCAAUCCAGAGAACAGGGUCAAGUACCACAAGGGACAGGCGGUGCUACUCGAGUGUACUGUGAAGUGUAUCAUGGAUAGCAAUCCCAUGCUCACAGUCCUGCAAACAAAGUGGCCAAGGAUUGAGAUUCAGUGGGACAUAGGACGAAAUCCUAGUUUAAAUUAGAAUUUAUAAAUUGUAUAAUAUACACACACACACACACACACACAACGGGACACGGGACAGUGGCCUGACCGAGCGCUUCUAUAGCAUACUGUUGAGAGAGUUAUCACUUUAAGACUAUAGUCUAGUCAAAUCGGCCAUCCUCCGGUCCACAUCAGCGCCGUACUCUGCAGAAAUAUCGCUUACGUGUCGAUGUGAGAGAGAUAUUUUCAUUGCGCGUAGCAGUUUGAGAUGCAUGAGUAGAUAAAAGUUCAUCGACUGCAUUUUCAAGCUUCGCGUCAAGAUAUCAACACCUGCUCGACAGUUAUCGCGUGUCGAAAUUCAAUCAAUUUAUUCGGUAUUCCGGUUUUUGUUGACAUUCGUCAUCCUGCUAAAUUCUCUAAUUCAGCACAACAGGAUUUGAUGAUGGCCGAUUGUAAGUAACUUACAAUUGUGCAACGCGGGGCUCUUGGGGCUCAGGAGCGUUCUUACUUACUCGCGCAAUUUACCUCAUAAGAUCUUUCGUUACAUCCGUGAUGGAAAACGAAUUUCCGGGCCGAAGAUUCGUUCAAGUCAUUACACAAUUACGAUAGAUGUAAAGCUAAUGCGCAUUUUAAAGACACCGUCUUAUCUUGAAACUACGUGUAUAUUCUUAUUUCGCAGUUCUUAAUCGUAAAAGUGAUCAGAUCAGAAAUACAGUAAUUUUUAAAAGAAGAGCGUCUUUCGAGCAAAACAGUUUUAAAUUUUGAAGAUAUCUCCCUGAUUGAAGAUCCACCGAGCAAUGAAGCUAUGGAUAUCUUAAAAAUCAGUGUGCGAGAUGAAGGACACGCUGCAUCUUUACGAUGCACCCAGAAAGUAAAGACUAUUCAACAGAUGAUAUUAACAAUUAUUUGGUCAAUGUUUAUUUUAUAUAACUAGUGCAAAAAACUGCAAUUAAUGUUAAAUAAACUUAUUACUUUUGAUUAAAUACCUCAAUCGCAAUUCGACUCUCUUGAUCGUUUCGAAACUUUCUUGAAUGAUUCUAAUCCAAUCUGUGUAAGCUAAAUAUUUCGUGAGAAUUCCAAAUCAGAUUCCGACUUCUGUCUAUUCCAUUUAUUGUUCGUUUAAAGUGAUGAAGUCGUUUUGAGGCAUUCCUCGCCAACGAAGGUAAAUUAGUUUUGUAUGUUCGCGAGUUUACAGCGAUCUCUGUCGCUGCCAAUCACUUUUGCAUAAUGUAGAUUUAUUUAUCGUUCUAUUUACAUCAGUAAGUUAUGUACCAUCCACAUAUUUAACUAUUUAUAACAAAUUAUACGCAAAAUGGUAUAUCUCCUCUUUAUGUUACCAUAAAAAGACGUCUGUUCACUAAA